AGUUUUCCUUUUAACACGGCAACCGGAAAAGCCGGCAGCGCCUCAGCCAAAGAAGUCGAUGGAAGGUGCAGCGGCAAGGAAGCCAAAGAUGAAUCGGAUGAGGAUAUGGAGAAGGAUCCGGGAAGAGAAGAUAUGUCUGCCUAUAUUGAGAAGAUCCUGAUAUCUGUUAGACUUGCCUUAGUGAACUGCUUUCUGGAUUUUGCUGCUCACUUAGAGCAAAUUGGCGCUGAGCGUUCUCAAAGCAAGAGAGUUGGCAAAAUGAAUAUUCCAACGACCACCAGGAAGAACCAUUAAUAAAUGCUUCUGAAAGUGUUGUUGAUCCCCACACUCCACAGGCUGUCUUUGUAACUUCUGGCCACACUCAGUUUUAAUCAAAAUUGGAGACAACCAUUGCUUUCCAAACAAAGCUUUAAAGUCUUUGACAAACGAUGAUUCAGUUAUCAAAUUCGAUUAUAUUUGAAAGUUUGAAGAUCAGAACACUCUUGACUCGUUCAAAGGGACAAUACUUCUGUUUCCUUUGUUUGUUUACCAACAGCACUUGGCAU